AUGAUGCUUAAUCAUAGUGUGUGCGCAUCUUCGCUAAAUCUCGGAUUAUCAUUUUUAUACAGGUCAGUUCUUGUCUUGAAUGGGAAUGGAGCUGAAGUGGCAAAGCAUUGUGUACCUGCAAUUCCUACAAAGAGGCUUGGUCUGAAGGUUGCUUCAGGCUUCUGUGAGGGAAUUCGCGUUCAAGAGGCAAAAAAGGAAGCUUUUAAUGUCAAAGAUAACAGAGGGGAAUUAUACAAGAAACACUACACACCUGCUCUAAAGGAUGAGGUCUGGCGAUUGGAAAAAAUCAGGAAGGAUGGUUCAUUCCACAAGCGGUUGAAUAAAUCUGGAAUUUUAACAAGAUGUAUUCUCGACAUAGAUGUUCAGGGUGCUAGAUCAAUGAGGGCAGGCUCUCUUGAAGUGAUUUUGGUAUUUAUCUGCCACCCAUCAUUUGAUGAGCUUGAGAAGCACCUUCGCUCUCGGGGAACAGAAACUGAGUAA